CGUCGUCAUCACGCGUGCUGUGUGUGAAUAUAUUUCGAGCCUCUUCUGUCUAUUGGCAAAAGUUUAGAAGGAUUUUAGAAAGGAUUUUUUCUUUUCUCUUCUUCGUUUUAAAUUUAGUUGAGCAGCAAUGGCAAUGAGCGAAGUCGACAAGCAUGUGGCGAAGGCUAAGGUCGCCGAGCAAGCCGAGAGAUACGACGAUAUGGCCGAUGCAAUGAAGGAAAUUACAAAGAUGGGCCAUAGCUUGAGCCCUGAGGAGAGAAAUCUUUUGUCGGUUGCAUACAAGAACGUUGUUGGGGCCAGGCGAUCGUCGUGGCGAGUCGUGUCUAGUAUAGAAGGAAAGGCAGACAGUACUUUAAAAAAGGACAUCGCCGCGAAAUAUAAGGCGAAAAUUGAGAAGGAAUUACAAGAAGUUUGUAAUGUCGUUCUGGGACUACUGGAUGAUCAUCUAAUAACCGUUGCCAAAUCAAAUGACGACAAUGAAGCGACGGUGUUCUACUUAAAAAUGAAAGGCGACUAUUAUCGCUAUCUUGCCGAGGUUGAAACCGGUUCUAGCGACGAAAAUAAGAAAAAGCGCGACGAGGUUGUGGAAAAGUCAGAAGAUUCUUAUAAGGAGGCCUAUAAAUUGGCAAAAGAAGCAAUGGCUUCAACCCACCCAAUCAGACUUGGGCUAGCAUUGAAUUUUUCAGUUUUUUACUAUGAGAUCAAGGAUUCUCAAAAUGAAGCCUGCGAUCUUGCCAAGCAGGCUUUUGACAGUGCCAUUGCUGAACUUGAUGAAUUAAAGGAGGAUUCUUACAAAGACAGUACUCUGAUCAUGCAAUUGUUAAGGGAUAAUUUAACAUUAUGGAAGAGUGAUGUCCAAGGUGACGAGAAUGGCGAAGAGUAAUAUUAGAUAUGGUUAAACAAACGUAAAAGACAGUUGUUCUUUGAAGGAUUACUUUACUGUUAGUUUUAUUGCUGUUGUACGAAUAUCCAAAUAUUCAGUCUGCUUAUUUUACCUAAAUCUUUAUUUUGCCCCAAGAGACAGUCUUAAUAAGCAUGAUGUGAGAAAUGAAUGAUUGAUAUUUGUUUACAAAUUUUUAGUUUCAACAUAUGCUAGACUCUGACCAGCAUUGCAUGCUUUCUGCACGGAUGUGUGAUUUGGCUUAUUUGUACAUCAUCAUUUUCACUGACAUGACUUGUAAAUUGUAAACUUUCCCUCCAUGUGGUUGAUGAUUUUUUGUGAUACUGUAUUAAAAAUUCUCCAAUAUCA